AUUGGUUGCGGGAAAAAUAAAGUUUUGCUUAAAUGGCAUUUGAAGAUUUCCCUCGAGGAAUAUUUGAACAGCUAUCUGAGCCUGGUCCAAUCCACAUCCUGGAACAUGGGCGACUGAGAUCAACUCCUGGUUACGAACAAAGAUCACCAAAGCGGAAAAAACAAUGUGUGAUAGAUUUGUCUUGGCAGAGAGGUUUAGUGCCAAAUAAAGAAGAUUCAAAAGAAUUAACAGAUCCUGAUAAAAAAGAAACCAAGAGUGUACAAAAUGUUCCUUUGUUAAAGAAGUUAUGUGUGUAUUUUGUUGCGCAUCAUAUUCACCUUGUUGAAUCGCUCAUUGACUUUCCUGACAUUAUCGGCAAAGAAAUAUUUGAAACUUUAUGUGACAUUGGAUCAUUCAAGGAAAGAGCUUUGAGAUCGGAAAACACCAUCACAUUAUUUUCUGAAGCCUAUCAGAAUGAAUUGCUGUCAUCCUUGUGUUUGAGAAAAAGUAAUUUAUUUCUGGAAAAGAUGCCCAAUAUUGUGCCUUUGUUUCCCUAUAUAGAGGAGCUAGACAUAGGAUGGUGUAAACUUAGAGAUGACAGUGAAAUUCUUCAACACAUUGGACAGCUAAUGCAUUUGAGGAAGUUGUCUUUACAGGGAAACCUAUUGUCAUCAAGAGGAAUACAAAAAUUGACUGCUCCCUACAGGAUGUUUGAGACUGGAUGGCGUCAGUUAGCUUAUCUAGAUGUUUCAUGUAAUCGGAGGAUAUCCGGAGAUGUGGAAAAGUAUCUGAAGUGGCUAAACUUAGAAUCUCUGAAUCUUUCAGGUACACUUAUAAAUGUUAAAAGUAUCAAAGAGCUCGAGAUAAGCCUUAAUAUGACACACAUUGACUUUGAGGAGUUCCAUCAUUAUGACAUCAUCAACAGCGGAUGGGCUGCAUCAGUAAUAGGACAGUGGAUAAAAGAUUGUCUUACAGAGGACAGAGCUGCAAAAGAGCCUGUCAGAAAAAGUGGCUUAACAAACUUUUAUGCCAAGAGGAAACCUCCAGUUGCUGAUGACACUAUCGAACUCUCUGCGGAUUCUGCGUUCCCUAGGAUACAUUUAAUGAGACUCGAUAUGGACAGGAAUAUUCACAAUAAACAACACUAUGAAGCAAGAAAAACAUCUCAGAGUGACCAUAAAACUCUAUCUUUAGAUGAUAUUGUUGAAAAUGUGACUAAGGAACACAAACCAGGUGAAGCUGAAAUUGACUUAAAUAGUGAUGAAGAAAACCUCAUUCUCAAACCUCGGUGCAAUUCAUCACACAGAGCUAGUCAGGCAGGCUGUGCUCAAACAAAAUCCCCUUGUCACACUGACCCAGUUCAACCAACAUUGAAAGAGCUUCAUCUUGAAAGACAAUCAAGGCACCAAAAUAAAAAUACACAAAAGUAUAGUGAAAGAAAUACUCGAACAAAACAAGAUCAAGUUGUUGCAGCAGGGUUUGACAUUGAAGAUUGGGACGUACUUUCAGGAUAUUUAUAGAUCCUCAUUGAAAAUUUCUGAUUGUAGGAAAUGAAAUGGUUCUAAACCUUUUUAAUGUUAGUACAUUUCCGUAAAUUAACAACCAGAAUUAAGGCCAGAAUGUGUUUUGAGCAUUUUUUCGCUUUUUUUACAAAAAUAAUCAAGUCCUCCAGGGUUUUUACAAUGGGAUAGCGUUGGAGAUAUGAAAACUGUAAGAGAAAC